AUGGACGACUACAAGACCUCGAAAGAGGCCUUCGUUUCUGGCAUGACAGGGUCCACUAUCGGACACAUCAACAUGGUUUCGUUUGCUGCACUCUCAUCUAUUUCCUUGAACUAUGCAUUACGGACGCGUCUCCCUCCCAACAGGACCGAACAUCUGGCGUUGGAGAUGCUCACCCUUGUACUUCCACUCUUACUCUCGAUUACUCUCUACGCGGAAGCCCCAGGAAUGUUGAAUAUCAUGCUGCUCCUGCCGACGGGCUUGCUCCUACUUGUCCCACGACGCGAGACAGGCAUUCCGCUACCGUCCACUCUACGCUCUAGCCCAUCGACGUCGCCCUACCGAGGCAGGGUGCGCACUGCAGAGGAUCUCAGUGAUUCUCCCACCAGUGUUCUCGUACCACGGCUUCCCGCUCUAACGACCUAUCGGGCGCACAUGCUGCUCCUCACGUUUCUAGCGAUCCUUGCCGUCGACUUUCCCGUAUUUCCGAGGAUGCUGGCCAAGUGCGAAUCGUAUGGCGUUUCGCUGAUGGAUAUCGGCGUAGGGUCGUUCAUAUUCUCGCAGGGCGUCGUAUCCGCUAUACCUCUAAUCAAAAGCCCCGCCUAUCUCACCCAACCGCUCCUCCCGAAGAUGCUAUCGACAGCCCGCAAAUGUGCUCCCAUCUUCUUACUCGGAAUCAUACGGACAUUGUCUGUGAAGGGUGUAGAGUAUCCAGAACACCAGACAGAGUACGGAACUCACUGGAAUUUCUUCAUUACGCUCGGCUGCAUCCCCAUCCUUGAGGUCGUCCUGCACCCGCUCAUGGUCAGCCUCCCAAUAUCGCUGUUAGGUGUCUCGGUGGCUCUCCUGCAACAAUCCUUGUUGAGCUACAGCCUGAUGGAUUAUGUCUUUCAUGCGCCCCGUACUGGCCUAAUCAGUCAUAACAAGGAGGGAAUCGUUUCGUUGCUCGGCUAUCUUGCCGUCCACCUGCUUGGACUCUCAACGGGAACGCUGGUCCUUCCGCCGACGCCUUCAUACUUCCGCAAGCGCCAGCGCGAAAUCGCCAGUGAACGCUCUCCUCGGCGUCGCCCACGCGCGCACGACAGCGAUUCGGAGAGCGAUGAUAGCACGGGCCCACAGAGAACACGCCCGACGCCUGCGUCGACGGUCGCUGAGCGGCGCGAGAACGAUAAGACAGCGAUCGAACUGUGUUCCUACGCCGUCCUGUGGUGGGUCCUCCUAGGCGCGAGCAAGCUGUUCGGUAUAGGCGGUGAUGUCUCUAGGAGAUUGGUCAACCUUCAAUACAUCCUCUGGAUCGCUGCGUACAAUGUCACCUUCCUUCUUGGCUACAUGUGCCUCGACCUCGCCUUCUUCGCAUCGCCGUUCUCGAGGUCGACCUACUCGCCAUACUCGAAGCUCAAGGUGCAGCCGGACCCGGCGAUGCUCAAGAAGGACGAAAGGCAUGGGAUGGCGGCAGAGGGCAGCGCGCCGGCGCUGCUUGAGGCGAUCAAUAGGAACGGGUUGUCAAUGUUCCUCCUGGCUAAUCUCGCCACAGGCGUGGUGAACUUGUCCAUGAAGACGAUGUACGCGUCGGACGCGGUAGCCAUGAUAGUGCUUUCCGGGUAUGCGCUCGCCAUCUGCGUCGUUGCCUGGGUGUUUAGAAGUAGGCACAUUUGGCGGCUAUGA